AUGUCGUCGGCACUACCAGGAAGCAGAGAUCUGCCCGCAUCGCGACAUGACCUCAGCACGUACUGGGGCAGAGUGAAGCACUCAGCAGACAUUGCAGAUCCGAGGACACUUUUCACUUCGAGCGCGGGCCUGGAACAUGCAAAGUCCAUCAUUACCGAGUACAAGCAGGGCAAGAUCAGGGAGAUGACGCCCGAGUUGUGGAAGGCGAAGAAGAUUGUCGACUCUACGCUUCAUCCAGACACCGGCGAACCAGUACUGCUGCCAUUCCGAAUGUCAAGUUUCGUCAUCUCCAACUUGAUAGUGACUGGAGGGAUGCUCACCCCAAACUUGUCGACUGCGGGAACGAUAGGUUGGCAAGUGGCAAACCAGUCCCUCAACGUCGCGAUCAACUUCUCGAACGCCAACAAGAGCACGCCCAUGUCAACCUCAAGCAUCGUCAAGUCAUACUUCGUGGCGGUCGGUGCAAGUUGUGGUGUUGCUGUUGGUCUCAAUUCGAUCGUACCGCGCUUAAAGAGGCUGAGUCCAGCCACGAGGACGACCCUUGGCCGGCUGGUACCUUUUGCAGCUGUGGCCAGCGCCGGUGUCCUCAAUGUCUUCCUCAUGCGUGGCGAAGAGAUCCGACAAGGCAUCAAUGUCUAUCCGGCCGAAUCUGAAGCUGCGAAGAAGAAGAGGGAGGAAGCCAACCAGCCUCUCGAACCGAUUGGCAAGAGUCAAAAGGCCGCGACUGUCGCUGUGGGUGAGACCGCCAUCUCGCGAGUACUGAACGCUACACCAAUCAUGGUGGUACCGCCUCUCAUUCUGGUGCGACUCCAACAAACGCAGUGGCUCAAGUCAAGACCGCGGAUGGUCAUGCCCGUCAACCUUGGGCUUAUCUUGACGACCAGCUUGUUCGCCCUGCCACUUGCCCUUGCAGCGUUCCCGCAGCGACAAGCCAUCAAAGCGACGAGUCUGGAGAAAGAGUUCUGGGAAAAGGGCGGCGAAGAUGGGCUGGUCGAGUUCAACAGAGGCCUUUGA